AUGGAAGAUAGCAUUAGUGCAGCAAAGGAAAAAGAGAUACAGAAACUCAGGAAUGAAAGUAAAGAAUUAGACGAUGAGAUCUCAAGAAUGGAAAAACAAUACAAAGAAGAUGAAGAGAGGAAAUAUGAGAUAGAAAGAGAAGAAUUAAUGAGAAAGGUGGAAGAGAUACUCAAGACACUUGAAAGUAACAACGAAGAACAAAUGGAACAACUUAUUUUACAAGCACAAAAUGAAUUAAAGAAAAGGAUUUACCAAGAAAAUGAAAUUGUAGAAGGGAUGAAGAGAGAAAAGGAGGAACAAGAAAAAGAAAGGACAGAAAGAAUUAAGAUAAUGACGAACACAGAUGAAUAUUUCAUUGAGAAAAUAAGGGAAACUAAGUCAGGGUAUGAGAAAAUAAAAAAAGAGAAUGAAGAGAUUUCAAUAAGAAAUCAAAUGAUAGAAAAAGAAAUUAAAGAAAUAAAAGAGGAAGUGAAGGAAAGAAAAAGACGGAAGGAAGAAUUGGAACAAGAGAGAGAAAAGAAAGAGAAAGAAAUAAAGGAACUCAAGGCACAGAAAAACAUCAUCAAAAGUCAAAUAGAAGCAAUAAAAGAAGAUAAUUCAAUAAAACAAUGUUCAGAGGAAAAGAUAAAAGAAUUAAAAGAAACAAUAGAAAAGCUCAAAUACCAAAUAGAAAAUGAUAAAACUAAAGUUAAAACAUUAGAGAUUGAGAAAAAUGAACAAGAAAAUUAUAAAUGGGUUUUAUUAGAAGAUUCAUAUGCUCAAAAAGAUUAUAUUAAAACAUUACUUCAAAUGUAUGAAAAUAUGUAUGGUAUAAAAGUCAAUAAAAAUGAAGAAGAAAUAAUCCAAGAACUUUAUGAACAACACACUGGAAUUAAAGAAUGGAAUAGAUAUGUAAAAACAAUGUUUGACUCAAUUAAUAAAACAUAUCAUUAA